GGCGAGAGGAGGGGGGAGUCGAACUUAAGCGGUGGAGGUUUCAUUGGUGCUGCUGCAGCUCUUACUUUAGGCUUAUCUCAGUCAUUUUAUACAGUGGAUGGAGGUCAUCGAGCAAUUAUGUUCAGUCGUAUUGGUGGCGUGCAGAAUGAAAUAUAUACCGAAGGCUUACACUUCAGAAUCCCGUGGUUUCAGUACCCUAUUAUUUAUGAUAUUAGAUCUCGACCACGGAAAAUCACGUCGCCAACUGGUAGCAAAGACCUUCAAACGGUUAACCUCACAUUGCGCGUAUUGUCUCGACCUGAAGUGUCACAGCUUCCACAUAUAUAUCGUACACUGGGGACUGAUUAUGAUGAACGAGUUUUACCAUCUAUAGUCAAUGAAGUUCUGAAGGCAGUCGUUGCUAAAUUUAAUGCUAGUCAGUUAAUUACUCAGCGCCAGCAAGUGUCUUUGUUGAUUCGCAAACAGCUUGUCGAAAGAGCUAGUGAUUUCCACAUAAUUGUUGAUGAUGUCUCCAUCACUGAUUUGACUUUCUCACAAGUUUACUCUGCUGCUGUUGAAGCUAAACAGAUUGCUUUACAAGAAGCACAGCGUGCUCAGUUCCUCGUAGAACGUGCGAAACAAGAACGUCAGCAAAAGAUAGUUACUGCUGAAGGUGAGGCUCAAGCUGCCAAACUGAUUGGUGAUGCCCUUUCUCAAAACCCUGGAUAUCUUAAGCUUCGGAAAAUAAAAGCGGCUACUCAGAUUGCUCGAACGGUUGCUCAGUCUCAAAAUCGUGCAUUUUUACAUUCUGGUUCUUUAAUCCUCAAUGUUGCUGAUCCUAAAUUUGACGCUGGUCUGGAUAUUCUAAAGAAAAAAUAAACUGAAGUGUUGGAUAGUAUUAACACCUUUAAAAAUCUUAGACUAGCAUUUCCGAGUGUAUUUUGUACUGUUACAUCCCUUAACUUAAUUCAACACUAUGUUUCUGUGAAUCCGACUGAUGUACAUGCAAAUAAAAUAAAUGAUCUAAUCUUAAAGUGUUUCCUUUAUCGAUUUAUCGUUGAUGAUAAUUAAAUUUCGAGUUUCAAUCACUGCGUUAGGAGUCUAGAACCCGCUUCGUCUAUCAUAGGUUCAGGAAACCAAGUAGUCUCGUCAACUCUCCUACAAUGAUUGUGACUGAAAUUUACUUCAACAGCUUUUUUAUUUAAUUGUAUGCCAAAUAAAGUACUUCAACAAAAGCUCUUGACCACUUCAUGUCUUUGUACAGGGAAAAAGUUGUAGGCAAUUAAUCAUGGUAAGUAAAUUCCAAUUCGUCUUAAAAAGUCAGAAACCUAGUCUUCUAAAUUGAUACAGUAUUGAGUUUGCUACAUAACCUAGUAUUCUAGUCAUUAGUCAAUGAGUUGAUCUAAAUUAACUUGGCUAGUUGUUGGUUUACAAUAUAUCAUUCGUUUAUGGUGUGGUCUAGACCAUUACUAUUAUUAUUCUGGUUCUAAACGUAUCGUCU